GCUCUGCACAGUAUGGUGAGUCGCAGCUGAUCUAGAAGCUGCUUGGUCGAGGGAGACAGUGGAUCCGUACAGCCUGUGGGGAGAGGGACAUCCUCUCCCCUAGUCCCAGCCAGAGCACAAUGGGCAGCAUCUGUGUGAGGCUCUGGGCAUACUUGAGGCCUCUUCUCCCCUGCUGGUCCCAAGAGGCAGACAAGUCAGUGGUGAUUGAGAAUCCAGGAGCCUCCUCUCCCCCAGGGGCUCGCAGAUCAUCGGAGCCUGAGAGAAGACGUGGAAACUACUUCGUGGCUCUUUUUGAUUACCAAGCUCGUACCGCAGAGGACCUGAGCUUCCGUGCAGGUGACAAACUCCAAGUCUUGGACACUUCGCAUCAGGGCUGGUGGCUUGCCAGACAUUUGGAGAAGAGAGCUGGCUUGGGUCAGCAGCUACAGGGCUACAUUCCCUCCAAUUACGUGGCAGAGGACCGGAGUCUCCAGGCUGAGCCGUGGUUCUUUGGCGCAAUCAAAAGAGCAGAUGCAGAGAAGCAGCUUCUGUAUUCAGAAAACCAGACGGGCGCCUUUCUCAUCAGAGAGAGUGAAAGCCAGAAGGGGGACUUUUCUCUCUCAGUUUUAGAUGAAGGUAUUGUAAAACACUACAGAAUCAGAAGGCUGGAUGAAGGUGGCUUUUUCCUUACCAGGAGGAAAACCUUUUCAACCUUGAAAGAAUUCGUGAGUUACUACAGCACAACAAGUGAUGGCCUGUGUGUCAAGCUGGGAAAACCGUGCUUAAAGAUACAGGUUCCAACUCCUUUUGAUUUGUCAUAUAAAACUGUGGACCAGUGGGAAAUAGACCGCAACUCCAUCCAGCUUCUGAAGCGACUGGGAUCUGGCCAGUUUGGAGAAGUUUGGGAAGGCCUGUGGAAUAAUACCACUCCAGUGGCUGUAAAAACGUUAAAACCAGGUUCAAUGGAUCCAAAUGACUUCCUGAGGGAGGCACAGAUAAUGAAGAGCCUAAGACAUCCAAAGCUCAUCCAGCUCUAUGCUGUUUGCACUUUAGAAGAUCCAAUUUAUAUUAUUACAGAGUUGAUGAGACAUGGAAGUCUGCAAGAAUAUCUCCAAAAUGAUGGUGGGUCAAAAAUCCAUCUGACUCAACAGAUAGACAUGGCAGCACAGGUGGCUUCUGGAAUGGCCUACUUGGAGUCCCAGAACUAUAUCCACAGGGAUCUGGCUGCAAGAAAUGUUCUUGUUGGUGAACAUAAUAUCUACAAAGUAGCAGAUUUUGGACUUGCAAGAGUUUUUAAGGUAGAUAAUGAAGACAUCUAUGAAUCUAAACAUGAAAUAAAGCUGCCAGUGAAGUGGACUGCGCCCGAAGCCAUUCGUACUAAUAAGUUCAGCAUUAAGUCAGAUGUGUGGUCUUUUGGAAUCCUUCUCUAUGAAAUCAUUACUUAUGGCAAAAUGCCUUACAGUGGUAUGACAGGUGCUCAAGUAAUUCAGAUGCUGAGUCAGAACUACCGACUCCCACAGCCAUCUAACUGUCCACAGCAACUCUACAGUGUCAUGCUAGAGUGCUGGGAUGCCGAGCCGAAGCUACGGCCCACAUUUGAGACCCUGCACUGUAAACUCGAAGACUACUUUGAAACGGACGCCUCAUAUUCAGAUACAAAUAGUUUCAUAAAUUGAACAGCAAAGAGAAAGAAGAAAUACAAUGAAGAUGUGAAAAAAAAAUCAGAAUCAUCGGUCCAGACAUACAGUCUUAUAAACCAACUGUGAAAUCAGUUUAUUUUGACAUAUUCAGGUGGUAGGGUGAACUCAGCCAUGUAUUAUAUAUUAACAAAUAUUAUCUGUGUAUUUUGUGACUAGGGAGCACUGCAGGACAGUCUAAGAUGAUAUAUCAUUUUCUCACUGCCUGGUACAAUCAAACACACUAAAUGAAGUUAUUUUCCCUUUUAAGAGCUACUCGCAUUUCUAUUUAUUGUUGGAAAUGCCCAUCAAGAGAAUCAACAGAUGACAGUUUUUACGCAGUAACUGUUGUAGCAUUUUCCUGUUUACUGAUUAGACUGGUUAUUCAUUAUUCCUCAAAUUGCUGAAUCCCAUCAGGCUGUUAUUAUGAAGGAAUUUGAUUGCUCUGCCACACAGCGGGACCUGUGCUUUGAGCAUUUUUCUUCUCUUUUAAAAUACCCUGUAACUACAAUGAUGGCAAAGCCACGUUAAAUGACUUGAUUGUACUUGAAGUAAUUGCACAUGUUCUCCCUAUGCAUAAGAAAAUGAAGCAGCUGUUGAGAAAAAGAAUUCAAAUCUUUCUCGUUCUGUAGGAGGAAAUGAUGGCGUCUUUCUAUACCUCAGUGUGUGUCAUCAGAGAAUCAUCUAUAUUAGCUUUAAUUUCUUAACGUCAGGAAUCGGGUUGCAAGGCUGAUGGAUGGUUAUGUUUGGGAAUAUAAGGGAACCACUGUAUUGCCCACUCAGUCUGAGAAAUAG